AUGCUUAAUAUGCCUGUUAAAUUAAAAAAUAGAGACGGAAUACCAUCUGCACCUACCAGCUCACCUGAAGUUAUUCAAAUUGGAUCCAAUUAUGUUGAUUUAUCAUGGAGAGCCCCAGAAUCUGAUGGAGGCUUAAGUGAUCCAUCACCAACAACAGCACCAGUCUUUUGCCAUGAUAGACCCAAAACUGAAGCUCCUAAGUUUGUAAAAGAAUUUGAUGAUUUAGAUUUGGAAGUUGGUACAUCUGCCACUUUUACAUGUGAAGUAUCUGGAAUACCAAUGCCAGAAAUAACUUGGUACAAAAACUACCGGCAAAUACAUGAUGGUCGAAGGCACAUAAUUGAGACCAAAGGCAACAAACAAAUUCUGACAAUUCCAGAAGUAGAUUUUGAAGAUGCAGGUGAUAUUCAAUGUCAAGCCAGAAACAAAAUGGGUAUUGCUUCUGUCAAAGCCAGCCUCCAAGUUUUUGCUCAUGCCAAAGUUUCACUUCCUGCUGCCUAUCAACAUGGUCUUAAAUUCUUUGAAGGUGACACAUUAAAAAUCCGUUUGCCCAUUAGUGGUAAACCAGCACCUGAUGUAAUGUGGGCCAAAGAUGGAAAAGUCAUAAAGAAAGACAAAAGGACAAAAAUACAAAAGACCGAUGCAUACACCACUUUGAUUAUUGAUGAUGUGACUAAAAGUGAUGGUGGUGUUUACCAUGUGAAUAUAAGCAAUUACUAUGGUGAUGAAACUAUAGACAUCUCAGUGACUAUUAUUGGUGCUCCUGAUGCUCCUGGAAAACCUCAAGUAUCUAAAAUAACUGAUCAUACUGUCCAUCUUAUCUGGGCAGAAUCAUCUUCAGAAAAACAUUCUCCUGCCACUGGCUAUAUUGUGGAGAAACGUGAUCUAUCUACUGGAGUUUGGAGAUAUGUGACUUCUACAAAUGUUUGUUAUGCAGAUGUGGACUGCCUGGAGGAAUACAAGCAGUACCAAUUCCAAAUCCGAGCUGAGAAUCUUUUUGGACUAAGUCUUCCAAGUGAACACUCAGAUACCAUCAUCACCAGGAAAGCAGCAGAAAAAGUAGAUUAUGAUGAAUUAUAUGAUGCCACCUACAAAGGAAAAUCCAUUGACAUUAAUCAAAUGAGAGGUGAUGUUCUUAGCAAAUAUAUAAUCUGUGAAGAACUUGGCAGGGGUGCUUUUGGAGUUGUACACCGUGCUGUUGAAAGAGCUACAGGUAAAAACUGGGCUGCAAAGUUCAUCAAAUGCAGACCAAAUGAAAAGGAAGCUGUUCGUAGAGAAAUUGAUCUGAUGAACAGUUUACAUCAUCGCAAACUAUUACAACUGCAUGAAGCAUUUGAUCAGCCAGGAGAAAUUGUAAUGAUCCUUGAAUUCCUGAGUGGUGGAGAAUUGUUUGAUCGUUUAGUAUCAAACAAUUACAUCUUUACUGAGGAAGAUUGUAUUAUUUAUAUGCGUCAAAUCUGUCAAGGAGUACAGCAUAUGCAUCGGCAGAACAUCAUUCAUUUGGACUUAAAGCCUGAAAAUGUCAUGUGUGUAACAAAAGACAACACUGAUAUAAAACUCAUUGAUUUUGGUCUGGCCCAAAAGAUUGAAGAGGGGAAAUCUAUCAAAGUCCUUUUUGGUACUGCAGAAUUUUGCUCUCCAGAAAUCAUUAACUAUGAACCAGUUUCUUUCAGUAGUGAUAUGUGGUCUCUUGGAGUUGUUGCAUAUAUGCUAUUGAGUGGCUAUUCUCCAUUUGCUGGUGAUAAUGACCAAGAAACAUUUACAUACAUCAAUCAUGUUGAUUUCGAUUUCGAUGAUGAAGUCUGGGAUUAUGUCUCUGAUGAUGCCAAAGACUUCAUCGCCAAUCUCCUCUUGAGAGACAAAAGAGAAAGAAUGACAAUUGAUGAUGCUUUGAAUCAUCCUUGGUUAAAUCCACAAGAGACAAUGGAUUUAAUUGAUGGAGAAGCUCAAAGAAAUCUAAAAAAGAUUGAACUUUCAACAGAAAACCACAAAGACUAUUUAUACCGCACCAGAAAUAAGAAUAAAGAGUUUGAUUUACUUCCAAUUGGAUGCCUGGCCAGAGACAGUGCCAUCUUUAGACGAGAGGGUGAUAAAGGAAUUCUGGCAAGAGAAUUAGUUAUGGAAAUGCCUGAAUUUGCUCCAGAAGUAAUUGAUCAUCUCAUGGAUAUGACUGGAUGUGAAGGAAGAAAAGUUGAAUUUAAAUGUACAAUUAUUGGAAAGCCUGAACCAAAGAUUACAUGGUACAAAGAUGGAGAUGAAAUUAUACCAACUAGAAGAACACGCUUGUCUUAUAAUGAUGGAGUAUCAUCAUUAUUCUUGAGUGAUCUCAACUUGUCUGAUGCUGGUUCAUAUUCCUGCAAAGCUGUCAAUAAAUUUGGACAUAUUAGCACCAGUUCAGAUCUUGAUAUUCAAGAGGUCCGUCAUCGACGGAAGAAGAAAGAAGGUUUGGACUUAGAAAGUCGUUACAUCACUUAUGAUGACAGCCAUGCGGAUCCUUAUUCCCCUCCAAUCAUCAUUUUACCUUUGGUUGAUGAAGCCAGGAACAUGGGUGAUAAUGUUGACUUUAACAUCAAAGUGCGCAGCCGUACUCCUGUGGAAGUCACAUGGAGACAUUAUGAAGAUGUUAUUCUGCCAUCAGAGAAAUUCAAGUUGAAAAAAGACGUUGAUGAAUUCCAUCUCCAUAUCUCUGAUCUCAAUCUUGAUGAUGGUGGCCGCUGGCAGUGUAGAGCUGUCAAUUCUUAUGGACAGGCAGAGACCACCUGUAAAUUGACUGUUCACAAUUAUACACUUGAAAAAUACCGUGUACCCGAAUUCACACAAGAAUUACAUAAUUUUGUGGUAUCUGAAGGAGCUGAAGCAAGAUUUAUAUGUAAAAUUUCUGCUCACCCAGAACCUGAAGUUACAUGGUAUAAGAACAGGCAACCUAUAGAAAAUAAAGGCCCCUACAGAUUUACUCAAACAUCUGAUGAUACUUUUAUCCUUGUCAUUGAUGAAGUAGUUAGAGAAGAUAUUGGUUACUAUAUGUGCCAAGCAGUUAACACAGCUGGUUCAAAAUCCACUGAAGCUAAACUUGCUGUUGAAACUGUAGAGAAACCAUUAUCUUUAUUGGAAAGAAACCCACUUCAGCGAGGACGUAUUAAAAGUGAGAGAUUUGGCAGCAAAAAGAACAAAUAUGCCCAUGCUCCAGAAUUCACCACCAAGCUGAAGAGUAAAAGCGUUCCAGCAGAAAGUACUGUGAAGCUAUCAUGCACUGUGUCAGGUGUCCCUGAACCUGAUAUCCAGUGGUACAAGAAUGGAGAGAAGAUUUACAGCAGUCUGAACUGCUGCAUGAGGAACAACUCUGGACUGGUGUCCCUUGAAAUUGCUGUUGCAGCCCAUGAAAAUGAAGGUCAAUAUGUCUGUGAAGCCUCCAACAGUGAAGGAACAGUCAGCUGCAGUGCUCAAAUAACUGUUGAAGGUGAUAAAAAACCAGUUGCAGACUCAUCUGAGAGUGAAGCUCCUGUCUUUAUUGAAACUCCUCUGUGUAGCACUGUGGUUAUUGGAGGAGAUGCUGUGUUUCAGUGUGUUACCAAAGGAAACCCUAUGCCUUCAUUUAAAUGGACUAAAGAUGGUCUAAAUGUAGAUGAAAAUGAUCACUGCUCAUUGUUUGUGGAUAGCCAUGGAGGAUGCAGGCUUGUCGUUCAUAAUGUGCAGGAAUCAGAUGCUGGUCUAUAUAUGUGUGUUGCCCAUAACACUAUGGGCAGAACAAAAUGCUCUACAAGAUUACGUGUUGUUGGUCAAGAUGAAGCCCAUGAGCAUCAAGGAUUAUCUGGAACUCGAGCAACUCACCACAGCCAUCAGAAGUUUGAAAAAAUCCCUGACCCUGAUAUCUCAAACCGUAUGAUGAUGUCUGGAAGGCCACCUUAUUUUACCUUGAUGCUUCCCAAGUUAAUUGAACUCAAUGAGGGAGAUAAACUGCGCUUAGACUGCUCCCUUGAAGGUUAUCCUUCACCUGUUGUCACCUGGCAAAAAGGCGUACGGGAACUUGUCUAUGAUGCCCGCCAUCGUAUAAUUGCCUAUGGAACCUUACAGACCCUCGAAAUUCCAUCAGUGCUGAUUAUGGAUCAUGGUGAAUAUUUCGUACGAGCUGCUAAUGUGUUUGGCAUUAUUGAAAGUUCCUGUCUUGUCAAAGUUAACAAGAAGGGCAGAAAAAUGGCAGAGAGAGAAUAUAACAAAAUGAAAUUUCCUGCAUCUUUGCCAUACGAUGCAGCAGAUGGUGAUGCGCCACUGCAGGGUGACAAAGAAAAACCUUUAGUAGAACCAAAGGGACAAGCUCCAUUCUUCAUCAAACAUCUACCACAUACAAUUGAUGUCAUUGAAGGCACUGAUCUACGUUUGGACUGUUCAGUUAAAGCUAAACCUAAAAUUGAAAAAUCUGAUAUUGAAGGUGACUACCAUAGAGUUGAGGGGGGUGUUACAGGAGAAGAAAAAGAAAGAGGCGAAAGUCGGACAUUGGAGCCUGCAGGGGAUAUGACAUCAGGUCAUGCCUCUGCUGAGGUGACCUCCUCUACUGCUGCUGCAGCUGCUGUUAGCAGUGAGGAACAAACUAAAAAAACUGAUCCAUCUUUUACUGACAAAUUUGAUGAUACAGUUGUAACCGAAGGUGAGGAUGCUGUGUUGGAAUGUAAGACCUCUGGAGAUUCAGACAUCAGAUGGUUGAAAGAUGGAGAAGUAAUCUACUCCACAGACCGCAUCAAUCUCAUCCGUAAGGGGUGUUUGCAUCAACUCUAUAUCCACAGAUGUACCAAGGCUGACCAAGCCAUGUACACCUGCUUCUCAUCAACUUCAAAUCAGUCAGAAGCAUGUGUGGCCAUGCUGAGUGUCAGGAGAAAAACCCCAACAGAAGAUUGGGAUACAUCUUAUGCUGAUGAUCUCUUGAAAAAGUGGGAAACCAAAAAGUUUGGAAGCAGCUAUGUUGGCAGAUCUAGAGAAAAGUCAUAUAGUCCCCAUCGAAGAUCUUAUGAUCCUUCACCUGAAAGAGAUAGAAGGUAUCGUUCUUCCAGCCGAGACUCUGAUAUCUAUUCCCCAUAUGGAAAAUAUUCUGGAACAUCCUAUGACAAAUAUUCUGAUUACAGCAGAACAAGUGGAAGAUAUUCAAGCUAUGAAAGACCUACUGAGAGAUAUUCUCGCUAUGAUCAACCAACUAAUUACAGCCGGGCAAGUGACAGAUAUUCUCGCUAUGAUAUGCCUACAGACCGAUAUUCUAGAGAUCGAUAUUCAUCUGAAAGAUACUCAACUGAUAAAUAUUCUUCUGACAGAUACUCAACUGAUAAAUAUUCAGCUGACAGAUACGCAACUGAUAAAUAUUCAGCUGACAGAUACGCAACUGAUAAAUAUUCAGCUGACAGAUACUCAACUGAUAAAUAUUCAGCUGACAGAUACUCAUCCAAUAGUACUGAGGCUAAGGAGGUAUCAUUGCUUGCAGAUGUAGAGGUAUCUGGAUCUCUUUAUCAAAACAAAAAGGAUGCUGUUGAAGAAGAAAAGGUUAAAUCUAUCUCAGAAAAAGAACCAACUCCUACUAAAGAAAAUGAUACAUCAACUAUUAUAGAAUCAUCCCAAAUUGAUGACCAUUCAUUGAUCUUGGCUGAUGGCACAGAUAUCAAAGAAAAGAAUAUAGAAGUCACUGAAGAAAAAGUCCAACAGGAGGCAAAUGUCCAAGCUGAAGUCUUUGACACUCAUGAAUCAAAAAUAUCAGAAGUAAUGUCAACAACAGAGAGUGAGAUAGAUCUGAGCACACAAUAUGCAGACAAGCUUUCUUCAGAACUGGAUGAUAAAAAAACAGGAAACUUUCUUGAUGAUGAAAAGAACAAAGAGAAAAUUGAACAUAUUGAUCCAGAGUUGGAGAAUUUUGCCCAAUCAAUUGUAAAGAAAAUCCUUGAGGAUGAACUCAAACAGCAAUUGAAGGCAGAGAGCAAAGAAACAUUGGAAAACACAUGCUUUGAGGAUAAGGAUGAGAAAAUCCCUGAAGAGAAGACCAAUGGAAAUCAGACUGUAAUUAUUGUUGAUAUGGAUUCAGAAGAUGAUGAGAGAGACAUGGGUCAGCAAAAAGACUAUAUAGUGGAAUUACCACCAUCACCAGCUGACCGCAAACAUUCUCUUAAUGAAAUUCCAGAUGAUGAACAAUGUUUUAUUCAUGGCAGUGGUUCUCCAGGCUCCCCAGUCAUUGAAGAAUUACUGUCACCAUUUCGCACAAGUGAAGAUGGACAACAAGGCAUCAUUGAAGAACCUUCAGAGGAUGCAUUUGGACGAGAAAUCACAACAUCCAGCGACAGAGAAAAUGAAGCUGAUGAAAGAUUGACUUUCGAUGAAAAGUUCAAUUUCGAAUCAAACAAUGUUGAUCAAGAUGUCUUUGAGGGUAGACCUCUUGACAAAGAGACACAUCAAACGUCACAAAAAGAAGAAGCAAGUACAGACACUGAAGAAGACCUAGCAAGUACAGGAAAAAGAUGUGAGAAAGAUUAUAUGGAGAAGGAAUCUGGUCAGAAAACACCAAGUGGAUUAGAUGCAGAUGUUGAAAAAAAAAUGAGUGAUUGUUCUGAGUGGAAGGAUGCUGAUGGCUAUGGAGCAGAUAGUGGAGCUGCUACUAGAGAAACACAAGUUUCUGCAACCAAUGAGGGCAAACAACUUUCUGGAUACAGCAGAAAUGGUGAAGUAGUAAUAGGUGAUGAUUAUGAAGAUAAGUCAGAAAUUAGCAGUGAAAAAAAUUAUUCCAGUGACUUACAGCAGCAGUCAGAAAUAAGCCAGAAAGAGCAUUCCUCCCGUCAGAGUUCAUUCACCACCCAGACACCGGAGUCUAGGAGCUCCACUUCAUCUGAACAAGUUGGCACAGCAACAGGUAACUACAAAAUUGGGAGGAAUCUUACCUCAGAUGAUUUACCAGCAGAAGAUGAUGGAGUGUGGACAAGGAAACCAAUAUUUUCUGAGGAUUCGUUGUCCUACGUAUCUGAACAGACUAGUCUCUCGGGUGACUCUCACCGAGGUUUAGAGACCGAGUCAAAUCGAACCAGUUCCUUAGAAAGGCAGUUGUCGGAUGAUGAAACUUUCUUACUAAGGCAGACCUCUGAUGAAUCUGGCAUCCUCCAGCGACAAUCUUCAGAUGAAGUGAAUGUUCUUCAAACACAGUCACCAGAAUACAGCUAUUCCUUCAAAAGGCAGAAACCAGAUGAGAGCCUCCAUAAACAAACUUCAAAAGAUGCAGGCAUCUUUUAUACAGAGUCUACACAGGAUGAGGGUAUUUUCCAAACAGAAUCAAGAGAAAUUGUAGCCCAGCAUCUUGGCUAUUCUGGUUCUGCCCAGCAAGAAAAGGAAGAAUACAAAACCACAAAAGGAUAUUACAGAGAUUAUGAAGAACAAGAAAAUGUUCAGUCAGAUUAUCAAGAGGAAUGUCUUUCAGAAUACUCUGAUUCAGAAGCUGAAUCAGAAGGCAGUGAUGUGACCACACAAACUGCAAUUAUCAACAAAAACACAGGGGAAUUCUCCACAACUGCCACUGAGAGCAUGGACGAUGAUGUCUCAGACCAAUCAGAUAGUCGGAAAGUAAAAAGCAUGUCUCCUAUGUCCCAAGAUGUAAUAUCUCGACCACCUCGUUUUAAAUCACCCGGAAUUGAGGAGAUGCUCAAAGACAGGCAAUUCCCUCCAAUCUUUGUGAAAGAUUUACCAAGAUUGCUUGAGGCUAAAAUUGGUGAUGAUUUGAAGAUGUCCUGUGUCAUACGCUACAUUGCACAAAUUGAAUGGAAAAAAAGUGGAGAAAAGAUCACAAGGGACAGGCGAAGACGAAUGAUAAGUGACGAUGAUGGGACACAAACCCUGCAUGUUCGAGCCAUUCAAAGUGAUGACUCAGGAAUUUACACAUGUAUAGCAAAGGAAAGUGAUGGCACAAUUUCACAAACUGAAUGUGUCGUUAUUAUCAGGGGAAAGAAAGCAGAGUAA